CAACUAAUUAAGCACUCAUUGUAGGCGUCCACACUCGGCUGUGUUCUGCCUCCGACUCGGUCACGAUAGCCUCUCCAUCCCGCAUUCCCGCGGCCGCCACCUCCAGAAUCUCGGUCGCGAUAGCAUCCCGCAGCCGCCAUAAUCCCCCUAAUCUCGCGCUCCCCUAUGCUCCGCGGCCUCUACAUUUCACGCAGCCGAUCUCUGCUCCCUGCGCCGUGUUCGUUCGUGAGGUUGGGACCGAUGAUGGCGGCGACGGGGCGGCCUCCGAUUUCUGCGCGGCGUCCACAUGCGGCUAUGUUCUGCCUCUCCAUCCCGCGGCCGCCACCUGAUCUCGCGUCGCGCGUCCCCACCACGCCCGCCGCACACGCCGCGAUGAGAUCCUGGAUCCCCUGCGACAUCCUCCUCCACCGCGCCAUGGCCGCCCCCGACGUCCUCGCGUGCCGCUCCCCGAGGUGGCGGGCAUGGUGCGCGCGGCCAUCGCGGGGGUCACGACGGCGGCGCGGUUCCAGGAGCUGGUAGACUGGAUGGAGGAGCGGAAGGCGGCAUUCAGGGACGACGACAAGUGGACAGAGACGGUGAAUCUGGGGCUCGGGAGCCCCGCGCUCUUCAUGUUCGGGUUGCUUCAGUUCGCCAUCGACAGGGACCUCGGGUUCGGGAAGCCCAGCCUCGUGCUGCCCUGGGUGCGCCAUGGUCGGCUGGGGUCCGCGUCCGUGACGGUGGUGCCCUACCCCAGCGGCGACGGGUCGUGGUUCUUCGGCGGCACUAGGAUGUGGUCGCGGCUCAUGGAGGUGGUCGAAUCCGACCCUUUGAUGAAGCCGGCAGCGAACCCGGGAAUGGUGACACCGGCGGGAUCCCGUCUGUGACCCUAAACCGACGGGAACUGUGAGCUCGCGCUGGCGGUACCUGCCAUUACGGUGUACGGGUAUCGUCGCCAUCAUCAUCCAGAUCCAGGAUUCGUGAGUAGAGCUCCCUCGGCAGGCCAUCGCUGGGCCUCUACCUCCUCAGUGGCUGCUCGUUCGGGCUGUCGUACCAGAUGCCAGCGCUCGUGACGGAAAUGGAGCACCCCUUGAUAGUUGACAUGGCGGCGUGUGCCAUGGACGAGCUCAUCUGGCUCGCCCAAGCCGGCAAGCAAAUCUGGGUCAAGGGAAUGCGGAUGACGCGAGGGAUUUCUCAGCUCAGACGCCUACCGAUCUGUUUAUUUCCUACAAACGCUCCCCAAAAGUUCCAAAUGAUUCUUCCGCCUCUGCCAAGUUCCCCAGAAUCCCCAGGUUGAUGCUGCCCCUGCCCAUCGAUUGGAUCUUGUUCGAUUUCUCUGUUCUGCAGAUCCUGUGUGCAUCCGCUCCAGGUAGUGGCCCUUUGCUCGGCUCCCUUCCUCCUUCGUCCAUGCUUUGAUGGUUCAAUCCACGCUAAUUUUGAGUUCUCGCCCCUGUCUAGCGUCAAAGACUAGCUAGAACUUGAAUUUCCUGUUGCAUGGUUCAUUUUUAUCUACUGUUAAUACAUCACAUUCUUAUGAAGCCGUACAACUCUUUUUUCCUACAAUGGUAACCUAAUGAUUAUCUGAGCACAGUACUUAUUACUACAAUGGUAUAUAUGUGCUAUAGGUAUCACAAGUAAUACCAAUGGUCACAUCAAUUAGAAAUCCUUACACAUAUCGAACUCAAUAACCUGGUGUGCCCUCGCCCAAUGUAUACGAGCAAUGCAAAGGACGAGAGCCUAAUUGAUAAGCAACUAACAAUUAUUUCUGGAGUGGGAUGUACGCACUACAUCCGUAGUGGAAAUAAGAUUAGGUCAUGUGAUUCCAAGUAUACAAUAAAAAGAAAAGGUAUGGAGAAUAUCGUAGGAAACUGUAUUAAAAACAUCAUCGUGAACAUAACAGUCCAAUGCAAAGAAAGAAGAACCAACUAAAACUCAACUUAAUCAUGCAUAUAUAUAUAUAGUUAUUAGCACAUAUGUACUUCACUAGGAGUUAAGGAGAGGCUCAUGCAUGAUCACCGCCUACUCGUGCUUAGCUUUUGAUCAUUAAGUUAUGUAAUUAAAUAUUUAUAGGAAUAGUAAUUUGUCUAAAUGUUCAAGGAAAAAAAUAAGAGCAGCUAGCUCCUAUCUCACGUGUCGUCAAACAAUAAGGACAAGUUCAGAAGCCAAGGAGAAGUCAAAAAGAAGAAUAUAGAAAACUCAAGUGACCUGACCUACAGUUGGUUGCUUCUAAGAUAGAUAUCAGAAUUCAGAAGCAAGUUCUUCUUACCUUUUUCCUGGCCUCAGCCUCGUCCUUCUCUGCUUCCAAAGCUUUAUGUUUCUCAUCUAAUUUUGUGUAGAACUGGGUAAUAACAACACUGUCACUACCAGACCCUUUUUGGAACAGAAGUGCUUGCUAGGAGAUACCUGGGUAAUAACAACACUGGGUAUGAAGCUACGUAUAUCCUUCAAAACCACAGUUACACAAUGGCGCCACAUGUUUUUUUCAGAAAGAAUGGAGGGGGUAUUCCUGUGUGCCAUCAGUACACAAACACAUUCAGAUAAUAAACUCUAUCCUGCACAAUGGACAUAUGUUUGCCUUUUUCUGAAAUUUCAGAAGCAGUGUGAGCUUUGAGUUGUUCCAUAAAAUUCUUCAAAUUUCUUGACUGUUUCUGUUCAGCUUGAGACUGGAUAAUAAUGCAAGAUUGUUCUUCUAAAUGUCUCUUGGCAGAACCAAUUUCCUUUUCAAUUUCUUGACAAUGAUGUUGCAUAUUCAGUUUAGCAGUAUCAACAAAUGAGUAGGACUCAUGAAAUUUUCCCAGUACAACAGUAAGAAAUAUCAAAGCUUCCCAACUCUCCACUGUUUGUAGCUCAAGGGACCUAUAACUACCCAGUAACUCAUUCUGCAGUUGCCCGAUAAGAAUAUCUUUGGAUUCUAAAUCUGACAGGUAAAUUUUGUAACCAUCCAAAGAAAAUAGUUAUAUGGAAUGUCUGGGGUUUGAAUUCUCCAUCCAAGCAACAAUCUGUACGAACUUUCGUUGAUUCCGUUGGAGCAGACAUUGUAUGCCUGCAAGAAACCAACAUACAGAAUAUUUCUAGAGGAACUGUCUUUGCUAUUCUUGGAGUGACUUUUGAAGAAUUCCUCUUUUUACCUUCCUCUGGGGCUAGCGGUGGUAUUCUUUUAGCCUGGAAAAGGCAUGUGCAAGCAACAGGGCAUAACAGAGUGGGCUCUUAUUCUGUCCAAUUCCAGCAGUCAAAUGGCCAACCUUGGUGGUUAUCCGGUGUCUAUGGGCUUCGGGACAUUGAUGACAAGAUUCCAUUCCUCCAAAAGCAAUUGCUAUGGUAAAAAAGGUUUCAUUUUGAGUAUUUUUGGCCAAAAUUGGAGGGAUUCCAGGAAGCGUGGGCAUCGGGUGGUGGUAGCUCCUACCCCUUCCUGACUCUUGAGAUGAAGUUGAAAGCCACUGCACGUGCCCUUCAGAGGUGGAGUGAUAAAAGAUGCCGAGGUAAGGGUUGUAAUUUGUGUGAUCGUUUUAAUCACUCUUUUUAUCGAAUUGUUACAUCCAGAGUCAUCACUGUACUCUAAGUCCCGUUUGGUUCCUUUAGUCCAGGGACUAAAGUUUAGUUAGGAGACUAAAGUUUAGUCCUACCAUGUUUGGUUCUAGGGACUAAAACUAUUCAAAACACAUUAAAUGAAUCAUAAGGGGACUAAAAUACCCCUUAGCAUUCUCCCACCAUAAGUGCAGCUAAAAUAAAAGAGGGGCAAAAGUGGAAUUUAUAUGGUUUAGUCCCUUUUAGUCACCCCUUGAGGGACUAGAGACUAAAACAGUUUAGUCCCAGUUUUAGUCCCACACUUUGGCAAUUUAGGGACUAAAUGAGACUAAAAUAGAAGGACUAAUCUUUAGUCCCUCAAACCAAACGGGGCCUAAAACAGUCUGAACAAUAGAGUGUUUUCGCUUACACAAUUACAAGUGUACUACGAGUCAUAGAUAGUUGUGAAAGUGCCUGAAUGUACUUCCGAAUUAGUAUAAUGGACGUUUAGCAUAUUAUAUAUGUUUUUGACUUAAAAGUCAUUGCAAGCUGAAAUAACGAACAAAGUGUGUCCACCCUUGCACAUUGUCUGUUUUUUAGCACACAUCAAGCAACUUCCAUCCUCAAUCUCUCUGCUAAGUCAUGACGCAUUAAAAGCUUGUUUUUUGACAAUAGCCACAAAACCACAUGCGAAUCGUAUAUUGCCUCUUAGUUUAUACAUGUGAAUAUAUGAAAUAUAUGAUGCAUGUGUUACUAGAAUUUUCUUAUUGUUUUUAGUAGCAUAUAGUGGUGGGUUUCGAAGAACAAUAUGGUUUUAUGGAUCCAGCUCAAUAGAAUAAGGAUCAGUUGGAUUGCGGUACGAAAUCGGAGUUCAUACUUCAUAUAACUAUUUCUUAUUCGUGCUGAUAUUUUUUGGUGUUCAUGUACCUAUUCAUUAUGCGUCGUUUGCUUGGUACUUGCACAUGAUUCUGUCGAAUUGUCCGUUACAUGGCUCACAGGUUUUGGCCCCAGUUCAUUGAUUUGCUUGUUGGUACCGCUAUUGACCAUCCAAUGCAGUGUUCUCAAGGUCCAAAGUACGUGGACCUUCAGUUGGUGUAAUCAGAAGCAAUAUCCAAGAUAUUCAUCAUGCACUUCUACAAAAUGUAAUGUAAUCCUAAGUGUUCGUCCUUUUAUUUUCUUUUAUUUUUCUUGAGUGAAUGAAAUGUUACUAAAAUUAUUCGUUUUCCAGAUAUUUACCAUGUGCCAUAUUCUUUUUUUAUAUAUGGCCCUUGGUUCACACUAAUCCUCUCACAUACCAGUUAGCCAUGUGUUCUGUUUGACAAGGAGAAGGAAACAGGAACAAGGUCGGAGGAGAAGAGAAACUCAACUCCAGCUAAUGACAAGCCCAUGUGUGCAUUGUGAUAGGUGAGAGCUUCGAAGGCUAGCUGCUGCUUCUUGCCUCUUGCAUUUCUCUUUUCUUGCUCGCGCUCCAAAUCUUCUUAUUGCGGUGGCUUGGCAAGCGUAGUGGUUGUCUGUGUCUGCCUGGCGACGACAUUUGCUGCACGCGAUCUCUUGCAGUCGCUACUCGCUACAACAAGGCUUCUGGGGAUGCCAUUGUUAGCUGAUUCUUUUCCUCACUGGUGAAGGGCAGCUGGUUGCUUCAGCUAAAAGAGUCGAGCAGACCAACAAUGCAAUUUAGCUGGAGCAUGAUCAGAAUUCUUGUCUGUACUGCAGACACUGCUCUGGGGUCUGUUUAUGCGCAACAACGGUUUAUGAGAGGAGAGGUGGCCCCCAUCUGUGGCCGCAAAGGAGCUUGGCCAACUGCGACAACGACAUCCUGGCUCUGGUUGUAAUUGUAGUAUUUGUUGGUAAAUAAUUUUAUCGAAUAUUUUGUAUGCCGUUGCAAAGCACGGGCAUAUAACUAGUUUAUAGAAUAAAAGUACAAUAAAUUUUCAAACCAAA